CAUCGGCGGUCCAAAGAGAAGCAUGACUAGGCGACAACCAUUACGCUACUACGCUCCUGCUUUGCCCUCUCCGCUGCUGCCAUUUUCCAUUCCACACAGAGCUUCAGAGCAAAAUCGACUUUGGAAGAUAUCAACUGGUUCGAAUUCUCUUCUGGGUCUGCGAUUGUUUUGAUGGCUCUUCAUGCUACUGCUUUCUGCUUCGGCGGGGUGGUUUCUUUGCCUCGCAAUUCGGUUUCUUUUAGUCAAGGGACAGUCAGAGCUUCUGCAUUUUCUUCCCCACCGCCUCUCAGUUCUUCCUCCAUUGCUAGAUUGAAUGUCCAAGGAAAAGCAUUUGCAGGAGAUGUACUACCGGACACAAAAGAAUCCUCCCUUGUAGUUUGUUUUGGGGAAAUGCUGAUUGAUUUUGUCCCAACGAGUAAUGGACUUUCAUUGGCUGAAGCACCUGCAUUUAAAAAAGCUGCUGGAGGAGCCCCUGCUAAUGUUGCAGUUGGCAUAGCUCGACUUGGUGGCUCAUCAGCUUUUAUUGGAAAGGUUGGGGAAGAUGAAUUUGGAUACAUGCUUGCUGAUAUACUAAAGGAGAAUAAUGUGAACAAUGAAGGGAUGCGUUUUGAUCCCGGUGCACGAACUGCUUUAGCAUUUGUUACAUUGAGGAGUGAUGGGGAACGUGAGUUCAUGUUUUAUCGUAAUCCUAGUGCUGAUAUGUUGCUUCAAGAAGCUGAACUUGAUUUUGAUUUAAUUAGGAAGGCAAAAAUAUUGCAUUAUGGUUCUAUAAGUCUUAUCACGGAACCAUGCAAGUCGGCUCAUAUUGCAGCGGCAAAAGCUGCAAAGGACGCUGGUGUAGUUCUGUCCUACGAUCCCAACCUCAGGCUUCCACUGUGGCCUUCUGCAAAGAGUGCUAGAGAAGGAAUUUUGAGUAUAUGGGACACUGCUGAUGUUAUCAAGAUAAGUGAAGAAGAGAUUUCUUUUCUAACGGGAGGAGAAGAUCCAUAUGAUGAAAAUGUUGUUCGCAAAUUGUACCAUCCAAAUCUUAAAUUACUUCUGGUCACUGAGGGCCCUGAUGGUUGUAGGUACUACACCAAGGAGUUCAGUGGAAGAGUCAAGGGUAUGAAGGUAGAUGCAGUGGACAUGACUGGUGCUGGGGACGCAUUUGUGGCCGGAAUACUAUCACAACUAGCUGUUGAUCUUUCGUUGCUUCAGGAGGAGGACAAACUGAGAGAUGCGCUCCUGUUUGCUAACGCUUGCGGUGCAUUGACUGUGACGGAGAGAGGUGCUAUUCCGGCUUUGCCAACUCGAGAAUCUGUGUUGAAUGUCAUUCUCAAGUGUGUAGCCAGGGUUUUCGACGUAAAUAUGUAACUACCUCCUAGGGUACCCUCCCUGUAUGUCAUAAUGGUGGCAACACUGAAACCAGCUGAUAGUGAACUUCAGAUCUACUGUCGUAGCCAGUUCGUGUUGUUGUGAGAUAGACCUCAGCCAUUUGUAGCAAAGUUAAUUGGUUCAACAAAAUAAGAAGUUGAUUGUAUAACACCACAUCACUAUAAUUCAAUCAACAUUCGUUCUGAGGUACGACA